AUGAAUGCACCUGGUAGAAAUGCACGAGGGCCUCCGCGAAAGCAGCAUGGAGACACCAGAAGAAAAAACAAACGCGUGUCGCCCCAAGAUCGAUGGAGGAUCAUUGACUGCGCAAGGCGCGGUGGUGAUCUAAUUCAGCUGGCCGAGAUGCUCGAAGUGAAUAUAAAGACCGCCCGUUCAAUUGUGAUAACAGACAGAGAGGAAACAAAGAAAAGAGGUGGGGCCAUUACGAGGUAUGGUGAUGAGAUAGUCCGUAAGUUGAAGGUAAUAGUAGACGAGAACGCAAGCUUGACUUUGGUACAAAUCCGUGACAUCGUAACGCAGCAAUGCCCCGGGGUCACCAUCAGCACAUCGUCCGUGAACAGGCUUUUAGAUGGUCAUGGGUACACCAUAAAGCUACUCUCGUUUCAACCUGUCGACAGAAACCGUCCUGACGUCAAAGAACAUAGGAAACAAUACACAACUUGGCUUCAAAGGGAGGGUCCACAGCUGCUCCGUUACUAUGUGGAUGAAACAAACUUUAACAUAUGGUAUAGCAGAAGCUAUGGGCGCUCGCAACGGGGAACAAAAGCUGUGCGCCGAAGAGUAGGAUCGAAAGGUGCGAAUAUCAACUUGAUUGCUUGUAUGUCAUCGGGCGGUCUCUUGCACUGGCAAACUGUGGACAAAGUUUCGUGGCAGACGUAUAACGAAUUUAUAGCAGAGGCGUCGCGCCUUGCGGAAGAGUCCGAGCCGAAUGAAGAAGCUGUCUUCCUCAUGGAUAACGCGCCUGCACACAAACGUGUGCACGACGCGAGCUUGAGCACGCGACACUCUACAAAGUAUCUGCCCCCUUACAGCCCGUUUCUCAACCCUAUUGAGGAAAUGUUUUCUAAAUUUAAACUUGGAGUAAAGUCCCUCCUCACUGAAAGGCGGGACGAAAUCCUUGCAAGGCCGCAAGAUAUGACUAUAAGAGAAUACCGUCGCAACAUAUUGCUUCAGGUUGCGGAAGAAGCAAUGAGGAAAAUUCAACGUUCAGACUGUGCGGCCUACGACCGCAAUCACUUCAAGUACCUAGACGAUGCUAUGAACGGCCGCGACAUGUGA